GUACUUCCUCACACCGUACAAACCCAGUGCCGGCCACUUUACAUAACCUCUAUCUUUUUUUGCGCAAGUAACAUAAAACAGACAAAAUGGAAAAAGUCUCUCUUUUACAUUAUUAAUCCAGCAAAGUUCGUGCAAAACUUCAACGUAUCUGAAACGGCGAGCAAAACUUAAUGCAUGGAAAUCUAUGAAAUAUUCACACAUUCCUUAAGAAAUAUCAGAAUGUAUUGCAACAUUUGAGAUCAAUUAAUAUUUCAGGUUUGUGUACCCAACUGUUCGGUUCUCAUUUGGUUACUCCCUCCGCAAAACAAUGCCCCUGAAAAGUAAAAGAAUCUCCUGCAGGGUUACUGACUUGCGAUGCAAAUAGGGAACCAGGGGCUGUCUUUCUGCCAACCCGCUGAGAAAAAAGACCGUUCAACUCUUCAGUGACUCGAACUCUGAGCACCGAAGCCUUAGCACCGGGACGACGGAAGACAGUUUCGGACGGGCUGCAGUGGGUAAGGGCGAUUCUGCGCCCCAAAUCUGACUCGCCCGUGCCCCCUGGCGGGCAUCCAGGUCACUGCCAGUCGAGAAAACGUGGGAAAACCAGCCGAAGGUGGCAGAAGGCGCGAUGGGUGUCGAAGGCAGACGCCAGGACUCGUUCCCAGGCCCCAGCUACACCGACCAGGAAAUCAUCCUGCAGCAUUACAACUACACGGGCAAGCUGCCGGCCGGCGAUGGGAAGGCGGACUCGGAGAGCACGCUGCGGGUCACCUCCAUCCUCUUCAUAGUGGUGUGCUGUUUGAUCGUCCUGGAGAACCUGAUGGUGUUACUGGCCAUCUGGCAGACCAAGAAGUUCCACCGGGCCAUGUACUACUUCAUCGGCAACCUGGCGCUCUCCGACCUGCUGGCAGGCGCUGCCUACACCGUUAACAUCCUGCUGUCGGGUUCCAACACCUACCGCCUGUCCCUGGCGCAGUGGUUUGUGCGGGAAGGCAGCAUGUUCGUGGCACUGUCCGCCUCCGUGCUCAGCCUGCUGGCCAUCGCCAUCGAGCGGUACCUGACCAUGAUGAAGAUGAAGCCACACCACUCGGGUGGGAGCUACCGCGUCUUCCUGCUCAUCAGCGGCUGCUGGCUGCUCUCGCUGCUGCUGGGUGGUUUGCCCAUCAUGGGCUGGAACUGCCUGCGUGGCUUCCCCCACUGCUCCACGGUGCUGCCACUCUACCACAAGCAUUACAUCCUCUUCUGCACCAGUGUCUUCAGCCUCAUCCUGCUGGCCAUUGUGCUGCUCUACGCCCGCAUCUACGCACUGGUGCGGUCGCGGGCACGCCGCCUCGCCUUCAACCGCUACUCGGUGCGCCCGAACCGCCACGACGAGAAGGCGCUGGCCCUGCUCAAGUCGGUGAUCAUCGUGCUGAGCUGCUUCAUCGCCUGCUGGGCGCCGCUCUUCGUGCUGCUGCUCUUCGACGUGGCCUGCGAGGUGAGGGGCUGCCCGGUGCUCUACCGGGCCGAGUGGUUCCUGGCGCUGGCCGUGCUCAACUCGGCUAUGAACCCCAUUAUCUACACGCUGACCAACCGGGAGAUGAGGCGCGCCUUCGUCCGGCUGCUGUGCUGCGUCUCCUGUCGCCACAGGCUGGUGAGGGCGGCAACGAGCGCCCUGCCCGAGUUCAGCCGGAGCAAGUCUGACAACUCGUCGCACCAGCACAAGGACGAGUGCGGCACCCCCGAGACCCUGAUGUCCUCAGGCAACGUCAACUCCUCAGCGUGACGCGGGCUCCCUGGCGGAGUGAAGGGUGUCACCACCCUUCCAGCGAUCGAGGCGGCGGCAUUCCCACGUGAGACAAUGUGUCUGUUGACCUCGAGGCAAGACAUGGCCCGGAUACUGCAGGGCAAGAGUGGGCUAAACCCAGCUGAACUCACUCAACAGAGUGGCAGUGGCAUUUUAACUCUUUAAAAUGCAUGGACACCGUAGCUCUGGACUGGUAAAAAGAGGCAAAUGCAUUUAAAGACAAAACAAAUGUGGCAAUAAAGACUCGAUUAAGUGCCGAGAAUCGUGACUCCUGUGACCUAAUGUGGCUUUUUGGGGGAGUGACAGAUUUUUGAAGCUUCCAGGACUAUUGAGUUUAUGGAAAACGUACACUUUAUAGAAGGAUGGGCAAGCUCCUGGACACUCGACUACUUUGUGACUUUGGUGAAACUAAGAGACUGAAUAUUUUAGGGAAAUGUUAUCAGGCAUUAAAUUCUUGACUACAAGCAGUGUUAAAAUAAAGAGAAUAUAGUGUUAAAAUCUUGAAAAUUAAAUUUGUUACUAAUGGGCCUCAAUUGUAUCAUUUUCAAUGAAUCUGGAUAGUGUCAUUCCAUCCUUUAACUGAGUGAACUUAACCUCGGAUUGUUAAUUUAUUAACAUUUGUGAAACAUAAUUAAUAGUUCUCCAGAUGUAUUUGAAAAGAAUGAUUAUGAAUAUUUAGGUAUUUGCUCAAACAACAAAAAAACUGUCUAAAUUAUUGAAUGUGUAAUUAGGAGUUGACACGAAAUAUUCAAAAUAUCAUGACUCAUUCAAUCAGAACAUUGUGAUCUUCUGAACGUACUGUGAGAAAAGCACUGAAUAUUUGUAAAUAUAUAUACCUUUAAAUUCAAAA